AUGCUUGCAAGCUUUAGUGUCCCCCAUGCUCAUUAUCGCGUAUUCCAUGGGAAUCCAGCGGCUGAUUCAUUACAAGUAACAACAAACGAACAAUUUCCAUUGAUCUUUAACCCUAAACGUAUUGAAAAUGUCUCGACUGAUCUUCAUUUGCGAGAAUUCGCGCAGCUCGAGGUCCAAGUAAAGGCACUACAGCUCCAAGUGAUCCAACACGUUUAUCCGAAUGCUAUGGAGAAUGCUGUGGCUGGUUCAAUUUCCGAGUGUUUACUGUUCUAUUCACGUCUUUUUACAGUCGAAUCGUUUCCAUGGCCGGACUUUCUAGCUGCUGUAUUCACAAAACUAGCCGAGCAUUUUGCGACGAGUGGUAAUUCAAUCGUCCGGAGCGCUAUUUUAAGAGCUUUUCAGCGAGCAACAGCUCACCUUGCUCAAGUAAACGAUGCCUCCAAGCUCUUAAGUCAUUUGUCGGGACCCUUGACACAUGCGACAUGUGUGACAACUCGGACACUGACACUGCAAAUGUUAGCGACAAUGCCGUCACUUGUUGUGAGUGAUAUGAAGAUGAUGCAGCGGAUAUCGACGGGGCUUACUGCUGAUGAUAGGGACGAGCAGUCGGCUGCAAUUGAAGCGGUGAAUGCAGUUUUGGCUUUGUCGUCGUCGUUUCGAAAAGAUGUACUGACAUUGAGUCUGCAAAAGUCGACGAAACUGUGUUGUUUACUGCCUGGUGCAGUGUCCAAUCAGAUGGAAGCCCAGCAAGCGUGGAUUCACUGCGCGGAGUUGUAUGAACGUCUUGCGGAUGAUAAGAGUGCAGUUGCAAGCAUACGCGCAAUGACGGCACUGACUGCUGCGUACCCGCGUGUUCUAUUGAUGAUGCAUGGCCAAUUGUUGCAUCAUGUUCUUGGUCAAGACCCUCGUUCAUUUGUACGAAAUUUUGCACUGAUUGCAACGCAACAACUUGUUGAAAAAUUGAUUGCUGAUGGAGAAGACCAACUGGCUAAUAUACUGGAAGGUAUGUUCUCGCAGAUUAGCAUUAUGCACGCUACUUCGAGUCGUGGUAUGAUGCGCAUUAAGUUGUCCGCUUUGUUUCUGCUGAAAAAGUGGUGUGUUAACAACGAGUUGGGUGAAAAGGCUCUUGCACUGCUACAUGAUGCCAACAAACUUCUUGCUUUCACCUCAGACACGCGGUUUGGAAAGGUCUAUGUAUCAAUCAUGUUGAAUAUCGCUCGUCAGAAACUUUCAUCUGCAGAGACAACAUUGCCGGAGCAUCAUGUUGAUAGCUUGCUGGAGCUGCUGCAUCCACGCGCAGCCGUUGCUGCGAAAUCCACGUGGAAUUACGCAUUGAGCGCACUUGCUGGACUUUGCCAGGACUUUCCCCAACACCUUGCGGUACACGUGUCAUCACGAUUGGUUGAACUGCUAUCAAUUCCUACUGAGAACCUGGACUCUACUAUAUCCAAGUUGCGUAGGGCAUCUGUCUUGAAGGUGCUCGGAGCCCAGCUUCGACCGCCACUCAUCAGCGUGAUUCAAAAGGAGCUUCCCAUGUUGCUGAAGGAAUUAUCGACUAUAAAAAAGUCGGAUGCACCACAUUUACAAGCUGUUGCAGCAACAUUUUUUCUCUGGACUCAGGAUUUGACGUUUGCCAACACUGAUGAGGACAAAGGUACAAGUAAAACCAUUGUCGAAAUUGAACAACAACUUGUAAAUCCCGAAUACUACGAGUCUCACGCUGAGCGGUACGAGAUGGUAAAGUUAGCGAUGCUACGAGGGCGUUUCUCUUUAGCAUUGCAGCUUUUGGAAGCAAUUGCGGCGAGGGCUGAUAACGAAUGCUUUGGCGGAUGGUUGCGUGCUCUGCAGGCCCUGUGCGAAGCAGAGUCACGUAUUGUAUCCGAACAGUUUGUGCACCUGGACAGUGUUCACUCUCUUGCUCGCACCAGUAUGUACCUGCAUGCAGCGCAAACAUCAAGCUUUCGCUUUGAUCUUCAGCUGUGUCUAGUUUCGCUCCGACUUGAGUGGGUACAGAUCCUACAGAGUACACGACAGCUUGCGGCCGAAGCUGCAUUUACCAAUUCAGUAGGUAGCGCCGCCGGACGAGAGGGGCAAUUGAGCAAGCAAUUACGCGCACUUGCUCAUAAGCUUGGGGUGUUACGCUCCUCGUUGCUUGGGGCCAGCCAGCGUGACCUUGACGUGCUUCAGGCUCACGCCAAUUCCUGCCUUUUACUGGCUUCGGCGAUUGAAGGAUUUCUCUUACUUUGGUCUCCAAACUCCAUUGAGUUUCCAACAAAAUGGGGACUCAAUAUGAAUGGUUCCCAGUGGAGUCUUGAAAAGUUGAAGAUACUAAGCGAGGAUGUACGUGGCAAGUUGGAUCGUGUUGUUAAGCUGGCGCCCUUUCGUCAACCUGGUAUUGGUGCUCGCGUAUUGCAACAACUUCUGGCUGCCCUCUGCACUGUUCCUCUUGUACUGCCGAAAGUAUUUUUCUGCUCCCGAUUGCACAGAAAGCAGUGUCUUCUGUCAAGUGCUCAGUUCUUAACCUACGCUGAAAAUGCAACUUUCACAGCUAAGCCUCGCUCACGUUCACAGCUUGGAGUAUCCCUCGGUACUGAUUUCACAAGUGUGCUGAAGGGUGUGUUGGCCUUACCACGUAGCGCUCAAGAUUAUUGGAGUGAACAAAUUGAAGCAAUCGAGGCUGAGAUUCUCGUUUGUCUUGCUGGCGUCACUAGGGUCAGUAACACUACUACAAGUUCAUCAAUUGAUGAAAUGGUUGUGGCUGCGUCACAAGAGGAAAAAUUUGUACAGUACCGUGCAAAAGUUAAUCUGCCAGUCUUGUGGGAUCACGUGGCUGAGUCAGCAGCUAUCAAAGACGGCGAUGGCCAGACGAUGAUCUACCUGCCGUUCCAGGCGCCAGUGCAUGUGAAGGCAACAAACCUAUCAGCCAAAGGCUCAUUCGUGUUGACGGCCAAGCUUGCCGUGGUGGACCGUCAAGGAGAGAGAUGGCCAUUAGCUGCUACCGGGUGUCGGCGAGGCUUCAUUGUGUACUAA